UCUCUCUCCAGUUCCUCCCGGGGGUCUGAGCACAGGAUGGCGGACUUAACGGAGUCUGCUCCGGCCCGGUUCCCGGACGAGUCGUCGGACAGUGAACCGGAGCAGGAGCCCGGAACACCACAGAAACUCAUCCGAAAAGUGUCCACUUCUGGUCAGAUCCGCAGCAAGACGGUGCUGAGAGAAGGAAAUCUGAUGAAGCAGACUAACUCCUUCCAGCGCUGGAAAAGAAGAUACUUCAAACUGAGAGGGAGGACGCUGUACUAUGCUCAGACCUCAAAGUCGAUCAUCUUUGACGAGGUGGACCUGACGGAUGCCAGCGUGGCGGAGUCAAGCACCAAGAACGUCAACAACAGCUUCACCGUCAUCACCCCCUGCAGACGCCUCAUCCUGUGUGCAGACAACAGGAAGGAGAUGGAGGAGUGGAUGGCGGCUCUGCGAAGCGUCCAGAGCAGACAGAACUUUGAGUCCACCCAGUACAGCAUGGACCACUUCAGCGGGAUGCACAACUGGUACGCCUGCUCUCACGCCCGCCCAACGUACUGCAACGUGUGCAGAGAGGCGUUGUCGGGGGUGACGUCCCACGGGCUGUCCUGUGAAGUGUGUAAGUUCAAGGCUCAUAAGCGCUGUGCAGUCAGAGCCACUAACAACUGUAAAUGGACAACUCUGGCCUCUAUUGGAAAGGACAUCAUCGAGGACGAGGACGGGGUGAGACUUGCCCAUCAGUGGUUGGAGGGGAACCUGCCGGUCUCCGCCAAAUGUAACGUCUGUGAUAAGACUGGUGGCAGUGUCCUCCGUCUACAGGACUGGAGGUGUCUCUGGUGUAAAGCCAUGGUGCACUCAGGCUGUAAGGAGCAGCUGUCCUCUAAGUGUCCUCUGGGUCAGUGUAAGGUCUCUGUCAUCCCCCCGACCGCACUCAACAGCAUCGACUCUGACGGUUUCUGGAAGGCCUCGUGUCCCCCGUCCUGCACCAGUCCUCUGCUGGUGUUUGUCAACUCUAAGAGCGGAGACAACCAGGGGGUCAAAUUCCUGAGGCGCUUUAAGCAGCUGCUGAACCCGGCGCAGGUGUUUGACCUGAUGAACGGGGGGCCUCACCUGGGUCUGCGUUUGUUCCAGAAGUUUGACACCUUCAGGAUUCUGGUGUGUGGAGGAGACGGCAGCGUCGGAUGGGUUCUGUCUGAGAUCGACGCUCUCACGCUGCACAAACAGUGUCAGCUGGGAGUUCUUCCUCUGGGGACUGGGAAUGAUCUGGCCCGUGUUCUCGGUUGGGGUUCAGCCUGUGACGACGACACGCAGCUGCCUCAGAUACUCGAGAAACUGGAAAGAGCCAGUACCAAGAUGCUAGACAGGUGGCGUAUUAUGGUCUAUGAAACCAAGUUUCCGCGGCAACAUUCUGGCUCUACUGUUACUGAAGACUGUAGCGACGACUCUGAGGUUCAGCAGAUUCUCACCUACGAGGACUCAGUAGCUGCUCACUUGUCCAAGAUACUGACCUCAGACCAGCACUCUGUCGUCAUCUCCUCUGCCAGGGUCCUGUGUGAGACGGUUAAGGACUUGGUGGCCCGGGUGGGUAAAGCUUCCGAAAAGAACACAGAAAGUUCAGAUGAGUCUGAGCUCAUGGCCAAGAAGUGUGGCGUGUUGAAGGAGAAACUUGACUCCCUUCUGAAGACUCUGAAUGAGGAGUCUCAGGCCUGCAUGCUGCCUCCCCCGGCACCCCCCCCCACCAUUGCUGAGGAGCAGGAGGACGCUGACAGCGUUGAACGGCCUCCUUCUCUUCAUCAUCACCGUCACCAUCCUCCUCCUCAUGUUCCGCCUUGUUCCCCACGGGGCAGCGCCUCCUCCUCCACGGCGGCCAUCUUCAAACCUCGAGAGCAGCUGAUGCUUCGGGCAAACAGUCUGAAAAAAGCCAUCAGGCAGAUCAUGGAGCAUACAGAGAGAGCGGUGGACGAGCAGAACCUUCAGACCCAGCAGCAGCUGUUCACUUCCAGCCGGCCUGAGGAGGACGAGGGUUUAGAGGAGGAGGAAGAGGAGGAGGACGGGGCGUCUCUGCAGUCAUCUUCUAGCAGAAAGCACCACAGCGCAUGCAAAGUUGGUAAGACACCCUGCGAGAAGCUGAUCAGCAAAGGCGGUGAUGGGGAGAUGCCGACACUCAACACCAAGAUCCUCUAUUCAGGUCUCAGAGGAAUCUCAGUUUCUCUCUCCAGCAGUUCUGUGAUUAGUCAACUUUUGGUCAAUGCCGACCCGUUCAGCUGUGACCCCGACAAUGUAGACUGCUAUACUGAGAAGUGUGUCAUGAAUAACUACUUUGGAAUCGGACUGGAUGCUAAAAUAUCUCUGGACUUCAACAACAAGAGAGAUGAGCAUCCAGAGAAGUGCAGGAGUCGGACUAAGAACAUGAUGUGGUACGGAGUCCUGGGAACCAAAGAGCUGCUGCACAGAACCUACAAGAACCUGGAGCAGAAGGUUCUGCUGGAGUGUGAUGGGCGGCCCAUCCCUCUGCCCAGCCUUCAAGGCAUCGCUGUGUUGAACAUCCCCAGCUACGCAGGAGGAACCAACUUCUGGGGAGGAACCAAAGAGGAUGAUAUGUUCACAGCUCCGUCCUUUGAUGAUAAGAUCCUUGAGGUUGUGGCCGUGUUUGGCAGCAUGCAGAUGGCCGUGUCCCGGGUCAUCAACCUGCAGCAUCACCGCAUCACACAGUGCCGUACAGUGAAGAUCAAAAUCCUGGGCGAUGAGGGCGUCCCGGUGCAGGUGGACGGGGAAGCCUGGGUGCAGCCUCCAGGGUAUAUCAAGAUCAUCCACAAGAACCGCACCCAGACCCUCACCAGAGACCGGGCGUUUGAGAGCACCCUUAAAUCCUGGGAGGACAAACAGAAGUGUGAGUUCUUCCGGACGCCCUCCGCUCAGCCCCCCCUCUCUUCUCAGCCAGAGGUCGUAUCUGAAGACGAGGCGUCGCUUAUCAGCGUGUUUGGUCAGGCAGCAGGAGCCCUGAUACACAGUAUUCGGGAGGUUGCUGAAACUCACCACAGUCUAGAACAGGAACUGGCUCACGCUGUCAACGCCAGCUCCAAGGCCAUGGACGUGGUCUACGCAAACUCCAACAACUCUCAGGCUCUGUGCUGCAGCGUGGUCCUCCAGAUGGUCAGCAACGUCAAAGCUUUACUCAGCGAGACUGAACUGCUGCUGGCUGGAAAGAUGUCCAUGCAGCUGGAUCCUCCUCAGCAGGAGCAGUUGAAAGCAGCUCUGAGCUCCGUUGCUCAGCAGCUCCGUCGGCUGGCCGAUGUUUCCUGGCUGCUCCCUGUCAUUGAACCGUCGGACUACGAGGGUCCAGAUUUCUCCAAACGGAGCCGGAGCACAAAGUUUCGCCUCGUCCCCAAGUUCAAAAAAGACAAAAACAAUAAGAACAAGGAGACAUGCACAACUUUGUCUCUGCCAGUCCACCAGUGGGGGACGGAGGAGGUGGGGGCGUGGCUGGGCUUUCUCUCUCUCAACGAGUAUCAAGACAUCUUCAUGGGGCACGAUGUCCGUGGGGCCGAACUGAUCCACCUGGAGAGGAGGGACCUGAAGGACCUUGGGGUGACAAAGGUCGGUCACAUAAAGAGAAUCCUUCACGGCAUCAGAGAGCUCAACAGGAACAGCAGCGCCAGCGAGGCCUAACAGGUGAAUCCUCAGAAACAGCUGUCUGCUCCCCUCCUCCUUCUACUGCCGUUGCUCGCUGACGUUGCUUGACCUCCAGCCUGCAGGCCGAUCUACUCCCAGAACCAGAUAACCCAACAGUGCCUUGUUAUCUUACCCACCAUCAGGGCUCACCUACAAGAUCCAGACUCGAGCUAAUCUAUAGACCGCACCACCAGCUGCAGGUUCUGGGUUCUACCCGGUUCUCCUACCUACAGGAUCCUCAGGUUCUUGAUGUUUGGACUUCAGAGAACAAGCUCAAGUUUAGAGGGCUCAGGACCUCUGAAACAACGCAUGCUGUCUCUCACCUGAGCAGCCGGCCAAUCAGAACCGCCCGUCUGUCGUGUUCCGAACCCUUUAAGGCAUUGCAGCAUCCCCGUGUUUCUUCUUUUAAACUAAAACCCAUAUUUAUUUCUUCUAAACCUUAGUUGAUGUUUCGAUUUUACUUUCUAAACAGAAGUGUUGAAUACUGACGAGAUGACGUGUACCAACCUGGUGGUCUGACAAGCUGUCUUGCUCUUUCUUUGUCUCUGUCUCUCUCAUUCUGUCUUUCUGUCUGUCUCUCAAUAGAAACGUAUUGUCUCUUUUAAGAACAAACAAUGAGGGCGUUAAUCAGAACGUUGGCGUGUUGUUGUUGUUUAUUUAUAAAUCAUUAAUCACAUUCGAUCUUUCUGAAGCCUGCUAAACUGAAGUCCUAACUUUUAUCAAAUAAAACGUUUACACGUU